AUGCUCUCCACACCACCGUUACUACCAAGAAAUAACCCGGUGAAUUUCUUGCAAACAACAGCAGAAAAUGUGAAUAAUACACAUAACAAUAUACCAAGCCAUAACAGUAACCCAAACCUCGCAAAUAUCAGGUUCAAAGAUCAAAUGUUUAAUUCUAUCGACUCUUUGGAAUUACAACCGGAGAAUAAUAACCAACAAAAUAAUAACAGUGAUAACAUCGCGCUGUUCAAAUCAAUGACAAACGAGUCGGUUAACUCCUCCAAUGGAUCCAUCUCUUCAAUAUCCUUAUCGUCAAACCAUAACCUCAACUACGACCCAACGGAAACUUUUUUCAUGCAUGGCGGGGCUGCUCCUGUAACAAACCCUGGGGUGACCAACCCUUCCGUGGCGGCGGCUGCAACUGCCUCCUCUAUCCCGUCGAUGAACAGCAAUAACAACUCAAAUUACUCGCUCAAUACAGUGAACCAGUACUUGAAUACCGUGCACCUGACAAGCUGGCAGCAUAUCAAACUGUCACAACUGAUCGAAUCGAACAAAUUGAUAUUUAUUGACGCUUCAGUGACCGUGGAGGAGGCAUUCAACACGCUCAUGAAACAUAACUUGACAUCCUUGCCCGUUCAGAUGCACAGCGGCGACAUCAACUGUCUCACUUUCGACUACAACGAUUUGAACUCGUACCUUCUACUAGUGUUGAACAAGAUUAAACUCUCGGAUGAAACUAUUAGCAACAAUAACCGGCCCCUGGGAGGGGAACCAAUCUUGGUAGGGGACCUCAUUAAACAUACCCCAAAGGACCCCUUCUACAAAUUAUCAGAGAUGGAAAACCUCUCAAACGUCAUCAAUAUCCUUGGAUCGGGAGUCCACCGCAUAGCUAUCACAGACCCACAGAUGACCCAGAUCAUCGGUAUACUCUCACAGCGUAGACUCGUGAAAUACCUUUGGGACAACUCACGGUCGUUCCCGGAUUUGGAACCCUUGUUCAACACAUCGAUCAAAAAAUUGCAAAUUGGUGUGUUCAACGAUAACAACAAGAUAAAACUUACCUCCAAGAAAUCCCCAGUGAUCUCCAUCCACGGCGAAGAGGCACUCAUCAACGCACUGUACAAGAUGCACGUGGAAAAAAUCUCUUCCAUCGCAGUAAUCGAUAACCAGAACAUCCUAAUUGGUAACAUCUCAGUGACAGACGUGAAAAACUUGACCAAGACAUCGCAGUACCCACUCCUAUCCAACACGUGUCGCCACUUCAUCUCCGUGAUACUGAACAACAGAGGAUUGGAAAACGGCGGGAAAGAUUCCUUCCCGAUCUUCCACGUGUACCCAUCCUCCUCGCUAGCAAGAACAAUCGUGAAACUGGUCGCGACUAAAUCGCACCGACUAUGGAUCGUUCAACCGUCGUCCAUGACAGACCCGGUAGUUAAGGAGGACUCCGACUUCAACAUCAACAAACCGUACUCCCCACACCUCGUCGAAAAGGAUAGCAAGACGGGCAAACUCAUCGGUGUUGUGUCCCUGACAGAUAUACUCAGCGCCUUGGCAAGAAACCAAACGCAGCACAAAAGGGUAGACCCUCAAAUGGCAAGGAGAAAUAGAAUAAGUAACCAUACGUGA